AUGUCCUUUCUAAACCAAAUACCACUUCCAAAUGUAUGUCCAGUUGAAUUAAUCUUGGGUAUUGCAAUAUUAAAUAAAUUAUCAGGUCUUUUCGGUAUUUUAUCAAUCUUUACAGGACAUCCAUUAGAUUUUAUUCAAUGGUUAUUAUAUAUAACAAGUCUUUUGAUGUUACCAUAUUAUUUCUUGGGUGCUUCAAAUAUUAGGAACCCCAAAAUUUUAGAACAUUCAGUUAUUUUAAUAAUUUAUAGUAUUGAUACUUUAACAAGUUUAGGAUUUAUUUUAUGGUUUGCUGGAGAAUGGUUUAUUAAUGAAGAUGUUACAGCUGAGAUUAAACCUGGUGAAGAUUAUAGUAAAAGUGCAUCACAAAAUUAUGAAUAUGGAUGGAUUUUUUUAAUGACAUUUGUUAUAAAUUUAUCAAGGUUUUAUUUUAAUUUUAUUUUAUUAAGUUUUUAUAUUAAAUUAAUUAAAUUUAAUAAGAUUCAAGGUAUUGAUUAUUUAAAAAUUGAAGGUGAUGAAUUAAAUUUAAAAAAUAAAUAUUUUUGGCAAAGAUGGAAUUAUAAAAUUCAAAUUGAAUCUUAUAAAUUUUUAGAAAGAACUUUAUAA